CUUACUUCUCUUUCAGUUGAUGUGGAUAUUAAACUUUUUCAAAAUCAUUGCUUAGCUCAUAUAAUCAAUCUAAUCAUUCAAAAUGAUAUAAAAAAAAUCAAACACAUUAUUAAUAAAGAUUGUGUUAAAGCACUUCAUACUUCACCAAAGUGUUGUCAAGCUUUUAUUAAUACUUGUAAUUAUAAAGAUAUUAGUGUAAAGAUACCUCUAUUUGAUUGUAUUACAAGGUGGAACUCUAUGUUCCUUAUAUUAGAUUUUGCAAUUAAAGUUAAAAAAGCAUUUUUAAAGCUUAAAGAUAAAGAUCAAUUUUUUUCAGAUUUAUCAUCUGAAAAAAAUGGAGACAAGCAA